UCCCGCUUCUCCCCUAGAGUUGGCACAGGAGCGUGCGCAGGAGAAAGCCCGGUGCUGCCGGGACAGGGACUCUGCGAGUGCUCACUGUCAACGCGUACCAUGUCCGCAGGGAUGCAGGAGGCCGCCGGCUCGAGGCAGCCAGCAUGCGUGCUGUGCGGCCGAGCGGAUAAGAACCGAGACAUCUUGGGGAGGAAAUACCAGAUGCAUGGGAUCUGUUUCCAUGGAUUUUGUGUGGUAUUUGCCAAUAGUCUCUGUCAACAUGCAGAAGAUAACAGGACUUCAACUUUUAGCACACUAGACCUCAUACGCACAGUCCAGCAGGCAGAGCAGACGAUCUGCUUUGUUUGUGGCCAGAGGGGGGCCUCCAUCACGUGCGCAGAGACAGGCUGCAACCGCAGCUUCCAUCUCCCCUGCGCCUCACAGGGUGAAUGUGUCACCCAGUACUUUGAGGAGUUCAGGUCCUUCUGCUGGGAGCACCGCCCGCAGCAGGCAGUGGAGGCAGUGCCAGCGCAGGACACGACCUGCAUCAUCUGCAUGGACCCCGUGGGGGACAGCAGGUCGUUCAGCACCAUGGUGUGCCCGUCCUGCCAAAGCGCCUGGUUCCACCGGGCCUGCAUCCAAGGACAGGCCCGGAGCGCAGGGAUUUAUUGCUUCCAGUGCCCCCUCUGCAGAGACAGGGACAGGCUUAUACCAGGCUUGCUCAUCCUGGGGAUCCGAGUCCCAGACAGAAAACCAAGGUGGGAGACCAACAGUGCCUAUGCAUCCCUGGGAGUAAGGCACAGGCAGUGCGAUGCCAGUGACUGCCAUUACCCGCGUGGCAGGGAGGAGGCAGAAGAAGAGGGACCCUGGGAGCUGCUCCUCUGCAGCUCCUGUGCUGCGCAAGGCACCCAUCGGUGCUGCUCCGGCUUGAGUCAGAGCACAGCCACCUGGGAGUGCAAUGGCUGCGCUGGAGAGGGCACCGCCUCCAGCACUAACUGGGAGCUCGCUGGCUCCAGCACCACCAGCCAGCAGGGACUGGGGCCAUCCCAAGGCUCUGUGGUGCCAGAGAGCAGCAGCUCCAGCACCACCAGCCAGGCACCAUCGGGGACAGCUCACAGUUCCCGCGUGCCUGAGAGCAGCGGCCUGCCCAGCCAGCACAGGACAGACCAGAGGAGAAAACCCUCACGUUGGCACCGGGACGUGAAUACCUGCAGUCAGCCCCGAGGACGCCGUGGGAGCUGCCGGAAUGCUGCCCCGAGUGCCGAGAGCAACGCCCUGGACUUUGCCAGCCAGGGGACAUCAGGGUCCUCCAGGCAUUCCCCGGCACUUGGCUACAACCUCCGGUCCAGACAGGGAGAGCGGGCCCGGACACGAAGCCGCUCCCCGUUGCAGUGCCGGGCCCCAGAUUCCCCGAGCCGGCCCAGAAGACGCCAUGUGAGCCGGCACACACCAGCCCCGAGUGCUGAGAGCUGCACCCACAGCUACACCCGACAGGGAGCACCGGGGUCUUCCAGGGAUUCCACAGCGGCUGAUGGAAGCCGGUCCAGGCAGCCAGGGCGGGCCCGGUCUCAAAGCCGCUCGCCUCUUGAACGUGUUCAGGAGUCCCAGAGCCAGCCCCGAAGACGCCGCGGGAGCCCGUCCAGGCGGUGAGGGCCAGCCCAGGAGCGAAGCCGCUCCCGGGUCCCACGUCGGGCCCACAACAUCAACAGCCGGCCCCAGUGAUGCCGUGGGAGCAGCUUUGCGCAAGACCCACGUACUGGCUACAGUCCUCAGAAUCUGCCACAAUAAAGCUGGGA